AACAAAUCAAUCAGGUGAACAUCCCAAACGCGUGAAGUCAUGCCGCCACAUUUUCCCAGCAAUCCUGACCACGGACCGCACGUCGCAGGGCCAUUCCACAGGCACAAGUCGAUCCACCGGAUCCUGGGGGGAGGGAAAGCUGCGGACGUUCUGCUGUGGAAGAACAGGAACGUGUCUGCUGGGGUUCUCGCUGGGGCCACGUUGACAUGGUUCCUGUUGGACGUGGUUGAAUACAAUGCAGUUCCGCUCCUUUGCCAGAUCGCCAUCUUCGCAAUGCUUGCCAUCUUCAUUGCGUCAAAUGCUGCGCAGCUCUUCGACAGGGCCCCGCCAAGGAUACCACAAGUCGUCAUCUCCGAACACGCCUUCAGAGAAAUGGCCUUGACCAUUCACCACAAACUGGAAUAUGCUGCAUCUCCUCUUUAUGAUAUCGCAUGUGGAAAGGAUCUGAAGAAAUUUCUCAUGGUGGUAGGAUCCCUGCUGUUAUUGUCAGUGAUUGGAGGUUCUUGCAGCUUCACAAGCCUACUCUACCUUGGAUUCUUGUGUGCCCACACUUUGCCAGUGUUGUACCAACAUUACGAGACAGAAGUGGACCAUCUCUUUGCAAGGGGUGGCCAAGACAUCAAGAAGUUCUAUGAGAAGGUUUAUUCCAAUUUGCUCAACAAAAUACCAAGAGGCCCUGUCAAGACGAAGUUCAGAUAAAAUAAACUCCAUGAAGCUGUCAGGACAUAAUAAUAAUUCCAACCAAGAUCCUGGAGUAGAUUUCAAGAAAAAUGAACCUGCUAUAAGAAAAUAUGAUUGCACGAACCAAGUCCCAGAUAGGCGAAGUUGAUGAAACACCAGUUGAGUUCAGACCUGACUGCUAGCAUCCAGAUGUACGGUACCUAUUAAUGUAUACAAGCAUACUCCAUCAGCGAAGCAAUCUAUGUGAAAUACCUCUGAUGCUAUAAUCUCAAAAACA